AUGAUCAUGACCAACCUGCGGGUUAUUGAAUACGGUGAUUUCGUCAAAAGGUUUGGAGAUGAAGUGAUGAAGAAGGAUAGGGUAUGCAGUGUGUGCUUGGAAGCAAUGGAGAAAAGGAAUGAGAUGAGAGAGCUUUGCAAGUGUAGCCAUGUGUUCCACAGGGAAUGUAUAGAUGGAUGGGUAAAGGAGGGGAGGCUUACUUGUCCCUUGUGUCGCUCUGCUUUGUAUCCCGAUCCGAUGGAUUUUGGUCGGCCAGACCCCCGCAACAGUUUCUUGGACUGUGACGUCAUUUAUUAA